UACUCUUCUUCCCCUACCACCACCACCGCUGCGCUCAGAACCCACAUUAUGUCUGACGGAGAGCAAAUUCUGCCGCAGGAUGAGGUCCAGCCCAAGGCUGAGGACGCGAACGCGCCGAUAAACAUCAAGGUGACGACGCAGACGGGAGAGGAGGUGUUCUUCAAAAUCAAACGGAACACGAAGCUGAGCAAGCUCCAGGGCGCGUACGCCGCGAAAGUAGGCAAGGAUGUCAACAGCAUUCGAUUUUUGUACGACGGUAACAGGAUAAACGACGACGACACGCCAGCAUCGCUGGACAUGGAAGACAAUGACACAAUCGAUGUAAUGGUAGAACAGGUUGGCGGCUCAGCGUGACGUCGGGGCCGCCAUGUAUCUGUCUGUUAUAUGCUGUCUGUUCUGUAGUACCAUACAUGUCCGGUCAUCGCUCGUCUCGGAUUGUGCAUAACGUUGUUAAUUGUAGCCUUUUCUUCCGCCCCUUGUAUGCUUGCUCAUUCGUAUUGCUGCGUCGCGUUCAACUUCCAUGGCAACACUUGCUGCCGUUUAGUGAGGUGAAACCAAGACGGAACUUGAUUCUCGAGACCGAUUUCUCGCAUUCAUUAGUACAGGACUUGAUGCACUGCAAGGCAGCGCGUAGCUUCGUCGUAAACAGGCUCGCCUCUCUAAUACCUGG